AUGCAAGAAGAAGGCCCUUCUGCCAUCAACGCGGUAGUGACCAGAGAAAACACCACCAACAUUCACAAGUGCAUCCAUGGAGUGGGCUGCAAGAAGCACGUCCCUCAGGUGCUCACAGAGAUCCAGAAAUUUGCCAGGAGGGAGAUGGGAACUAAAGAUGUGCUCAUUGACUCCUGGUUCAGCAAAGCUGUCUGGACUAAAGGAAUAAGAAAUGUCCCAUGCUGGAUCUGGAUGCAGUUGUCCAGAAAAUAUAAUGAGGAUGAAGAUUCACCAAACAGGCUCUAUACGUUAGCCACCUAUGUACCUGCCACCACUUUCAAAAAUCUAUAA